AUGGAAUCUCUUCGCCCUGCCUACCCGGCUCCUCGCCGCGUCGCAACUGCCCCGAUAUCAACACACAUGUCACACCCGGCGCCAUCCACAUCGGCUGGUGGCCUCAUCGAGACACUAUACAAUCACCCCAAUGUCAAGAUCGUGGCCUUCGCUGCUGCCUCCAGGGGACGAGCUAGGAGUCCAGGCCGUGGUCCUUCAGACGAGCCCGGUUCUCUGUCCGCUCACUCGCAGCUGGAAAGGACAAUCGCCAUCGGGCCGUUCCGAAUAUACCGCACUGGAUCCGUCGCGUUCUUGAAUUGUGGCUCUGCCCUGCAGCCAAUGUUGCCGAAAAGUCAAUGCUGGGCCCUAGCCGAAGACUCUAGCAAAUUCGUGUUGCAGAUUCGCCGACCCAAUUACUGGAGGAUUGAGAUACCGGUCACCAAUGCCGAUGAACAGGAACUUGCUGCGGCAUUGAAGGGUGUCUGGGAUCAAAUACUGCAGUUUGAGAAGACGGAAUGCCCUUUCAAACGGUCUUUCACAGUCGUUCUCCCCCAGAAACCAAAGACACCCGUCAAAAAGCGACCAUGGACACCCCCGGUUAAACGACCUCUGCCUGUCCUAUCGACACCAGCACACGAGGUCGAAGUAUCCCCGACCCCGAAGGCUCUGACGCCCAACACCGGCAGAAGAGCCUCGACAUCCUCUCUCCGCGGCCGAAGCGAGCAACGCCGUCUAUCUACUAUUAGCAAUGACUUUCAGUCAAGCUCUAGAUCCCGUGAGCCUAGCGCCGAAAUACCGAAAGCGGUAGAGCCCAAGGAUGACAACUCAAACCCUGCAGCAGAGGGACCCGCAGUUACGACAGAGUUGAAGACAAUUACGAAGCGGGAAACGGAGGCAACCCGCAUUGUCGAGAGCAAUUCUACGACUCAAGUGGCGAUUAAACAGGAAGGUCAAGCGUGUGACCUGGUCAGGAUGCACGAAGAAUCAAUGUUCGAGGAAUCGAUCGCGGAAGAAGUGGAGCUGGAGGACGAGCUUCAAACAGAUCUGGAGACACACGCCGAGGAGUCUCCAGCAAAGUCACUAGAAGUGCAAGUUAUGAAUGACUACGCGGGUGGACAAGACAAUGCCCACAACGAGACGACUACCCCUGCGAUCAUACCAGCCUCGUAUGCCACCCCACCACACGCAUCUGUGACAGUGCCUUUGACAGAGACCGUCGACGGCGAAAAAGAGGCUCAGAGCCUUGGAAUUCCUCAAGCUUCCAUCGAAAUCGCCGACUCGUCAACGAAGCCAAAGACAGGCAAGCCAGAAGCUACGGUAGAGACUACGGUGACUUCUGAGCUACCAACGACUCAUCGGCUGCUGCAGGACGAAAUCAAGGAGCAGCUCGUCACUGUGGAGGUUUUGCCCAAUACCCCCCUCUCGGCGGGUGCAAGCACACCCACGCCUACUAACAUCUAUGAUGUAAUUCGGAACUACGAGAUCAAGAUGGCCGCUGCGACUUUGGAGUCUACGCCGGCCACUGAGCCUGUUACUGAGUCCGACAAGGUUUGUGAGAAACUCCAAGCCGAGGUGGGCCAUGGCAGCGAGACUGGGUCAAGCAGUGAAUCACAAUCCGCGACCGACGAAGAGGCAGUCCUCGAGGGUAGCGGAGUUAUGGGUGGCAGAAGAAAGAAGCUUCGCGGGUUUAGAGCCGGCAGGGCUCUUGUUCCCCCACAGCUGACCCUCCUCACUUCGCCGCCGUCAAAGUCAGCUAUGCGAUCGACUCCGAUUCUGGACGAGGCGGCUUCGCCAACCGGUUCUACAGAUUCGUUCCACAGCUCAAAGUCAUGGCACUCGCCCGCCCACUCCCCAAUUACGCCUGUUCCGCGGUCUCCUGCCUCAGACGUCUCUCCAACGAGGUUCCCAUACCCGCACGAUAAUAUUUUGAUCCCUAAGAAGCCUUGGCACUACCGCGACAUUUCCGAUCUGACCAUCACACCAGAGACUCGGCGUACUUGGGAUGCGACGUCGUCCCUCACCGACGACAGCUCGGUGGAUAGCGCAGCCACCGCGCCAGACAUUGCUUCUGAGGCGGUUGAGCAGCCUGACAAAAUUGCUCUCUCCGAGGAUGAAGCAGCAACGACGGCCGUCGUACGUCGCCCGUAUAUUCGACACAGGUCAACCACGAGCAGCAUCUCGGUCGGUCGCAGAGCGCUCUCGCCUCUGCCGACAGCUGCCAACCUUUUUGCGCCCACGAGCGCCCAGGCCAGGUAUCAUCCCCUGAGAAGCCGCCUGGAACUUGUCCGCAGAAUCCCCAUGGCCAUUGUGUCGAAGACUUGCGAGGUUCUUCUUGGUCCGCCAAGCCAUCUCAUCGCCCUGAUGCUCCAGGUGGCUGCUAAGAUUGCCGCCGGACAAUGGCGCGGUAUGAUGUUCGGUUUCGGCGAGGGCGGCGAGACAAUUCCCGUGCAAUGGGACUACUCUGACGAUGAGUAUGAUAGCUGGGGCGAGAACGACGAUUACUAUCUCAGCCAAGUCGAGUCAUCGCGUGCGAAUAGCGUGAUCGGCACCGACGACGGCGAGAACGAUGAGGCCACCGAUAACGCGAACGGAACGGGUCGCGGAUGGGAGGUUGACUGA